UCACUUUGGAAUAUGAAUUCCUAUGUUGAAAUAAAAACAUAUAGCGAUGAAGUCUUUUAGUUCAAUAAUGGAUCAUUAGAUGUUCAUGUAUGUAAUUGAGUGCUUUAAUCAUUAUUUUAAAUUUGGGUUUAUCGAUUUUACUGGCAAUUUAAAAACAUAUCAAAAACUCAUUAUUUUUCCACCUUUGACAAUAUCCCACCGGUUUGGAAAAAGCUUUACAUUUUUGAUGUAGUCAUUACACUUUGCUCUCUAGAAUGAAAUGUAAUAAGAAUUUCCCGGUGGUUCUUACGGUUUUCUAUACAUCCAUUGGCUUUUAUGUCUAUGCAAGGGUUUGUAUCUUUGAAAAAAUAUCUUAUCGCAGAAAUGAUUAAUCUAAAAUUAUUAUUAAUUUUAUAUUCAAAAAGAUGGACGCCAUUAUGACAAAAAUUGAGUGCCCCACUCAUUCACCAGAACUUGUCCAGAAUCUAAGCUGCCGUUUACAUAAAAAAUCACCAAAUUCUGGAUCAAAAUCAUAUUCCGCUGAAUUUUCCUUAAGAAAAGACGUAAAUGACGUCAGAGGAGUUUACGUAUUUUCCUUCAAACACGGCACAUCCUUAAUCAACUACACUGCAUCGGAAAUGGACUAUUGUCAGGCAUUAGCAGCUCUACACUCACAAUUUCUGUAUAAGAUGAUUGCCGACGAGCUGCGACGAGUUUCGAAUUUUCCACUGCAUUGCCCUUUUAAAAUGAACAAGAGGUAUUUUAUUGAUGAAUAUACCAUCAACUCAAAGCUAAUACCCAGCUAUUCGCCGGAAAUGAUGUUUACUUCGGACUGCAACAUAUUCAUUAAGAAACGAAGAGCUAUACAAUUAACCAUCCAUGGUCGUAUAGUUCGCCGUUGA